CCUACUGAUUAGAGCCCGCUCUCCCCAUGUGAAUGGGACAGAGAGAGAGGAGGGCGCACCCUGACCCCCCCACCCUACCCUGAGCAGAGGAAGAAGAGGAGCAGGGGUGGGGGGAGGAAAGCAGAGGGAAACCCCCCCAAGAAUCACCCAGCAAAGGGGGAGCAGGCAGCAAGCCCGGGCAGUGCGCUCAUGCAUGACCGGGUCUAGUGGCUCCCCCCGAGACGGCGAACUUUGGGGACCCCCCGCCCCGGAACUGGAGAAGUUUCUCACCCCCCACCCCCACCCCCAGCGGAGAUCUGGCCCAGGAGAAGCAGCCGCUACCCAUGCCCCAAGCGGGGGGUUGAAGUUGAGCCUUGAUUCCAGACGCUGUCGAGCCAAACAGGCUCUCCAGGUGGCAAGACAGUUCCUUCUGCAGCAGGCCACGGGGCUGACCUCUCCUAGCAGCAAUGAGAACAAGCAACCCGCAGUCCAGGUCCCCGUGUCUGUCGCUAUGAUGUCGCCUCAGAUGAUCACGCCACAGCAGAUGCAGCAGAUCCUGUCUCCUCCUCAGCUCCAAGCUCUGCUGCAGCAGCAGCAGGCGAUCAUGCUGCAACAGCUGCAGGAAUACUACAAGAAGCAACAGGAGCAGCUUCACCUGCAGCUAUUGACACAGCAGCAAGCCGGAAAGCAGCAACCCAAAGAGCAGCCAUUAGGGAAUAAACAGCUGGCGUUCCAACAGCAGCUACUGCAGAUGCAACAGCUGCAGCAGCAGCACUUGUUAAACCUUCAGCGACAAGGGCUGGUCAGCCUUCAGCCGGGACAAGGCACCGUUCCCCUGCAGACCCUUCCACAAGCUGUGUGUCCCUCGGACCUGCAGCAGCUCUGGAAAGAGGUCACCGCUACCCAGCCUGUAGAAGACAGCAUCAAGCAAGAGGGCCUCGACCUGACCACCAACACUUCAAACUCUACCUCGUUUUCGGCCGCCAAGGUCUCGCCUCCCAUUUCCCACCACUCUCUCUCCAAUGGACAGAGCGCCAUGCUCACGCCAAGGAGGGACAGCAGCUCUUCUCAUGAAGAGAACCCCGGCUCCCACCCUCUGUACGGACACGGAGAAUGCAAGUGGCCUGGAUGCGAAACCCUCUGUGAGGACUUGGGACAGUUUGUCAAACACCUCAAUACGGAACACGCACUUGAUGACCGAAGCACGGCCCAGUGUCGAGUUCAAAUGCAAGUGGUGCAGCAGCUGGAAAUACAGCUGGCGAAAGAAAGCGAGCGUCUCCAGGCAAUGAUGGCCCACCUCCAUAUGAGACCUUCGGAGCCGAAGCCUUUCAGUCAACCUCUGAACCUGGUCUCAAGCGCCACCCUCUCCAAGAGCACUUCAGAUACCUUUCCAGAUGGCUUACCUCAUCCCCCCACCUCCGCCACCGCCCCCAUCACUCCCUUGCGGCAGGGUCCAUCCGUCAUCAGCUCCUCUACCUUACAGACCAUGGGGGCCAUUCGCAGGAGAAACCCCGAAAAAUUCUGCCCCCCAAUAUCUUCAGAGCUUGCACAGAAUCACGAGUUUUACAAAAACACAGACGUCCGGCCGCCCUUCACGUAUGCCUCACUCAUCCGGCAGGCUAUCCUGGAGACCCCAGACAGGCAGCUAACGUUGAAUGAAAUCUACAACUGGUUCACGCGGAUGUUUGCCUACUUCAGGAGGAACACCGCCACCUGGAAGAACGCCGUGCGCCACAACCUGAGCCUGCACAAGUGCUUUGUGCGAGUGGAGAACGUCAAGGGAGCCGUCUGGACGGUAGACGAAGUCGAGUACCAAAAGAGAAGGCCACCAAAGAUGACGGGGAGUCCAACUUUAGUCAAAAACAUGAUUUCGGGACUCAGUUACGGAGCACUUAACGCCAGCUACCAGGCAGCCCUGGCAGAGAGCAACUUCCCCCUCCUGAACAGCCCCACCAUGAUCAACACCAGCUCCACCAGCGGCAUGCUGCACAUCGGCCACGACGACGUGAGCAGCACUGUGGAACAAGUCAACAGCAACGGCAGCAACAGCCCCCGGCUUUCCCCGCAGCAGUACAGCCAUCAAGUCCACGUGAAGGAAGAACCCACCGAGGCUGAGGACGACAGCAGGCCCGUCUCUCUCAUGGCUACCACCAAUCAGAAUGUGAUGAUCCCGGAGGACAGGGACCUGGAGGAGGAGCUGCCGGUGGAAGACUUGUCUUAAGGGCUCUCCCUCCUCACCUAGGGGCAAGCACUUCGCCCCUACUCCCCCCCCCCCAGGUGGAGACCAAGCAAUGGCUCCCAUCUCCUCAAGGUGACCUUCGGCAUUAACCUGACAAAGCAAAAGGGUUUCUUCGGUGCAACCUGUUGCUGAAGGCACGUCCCUCCUCCCCCAGACCCUCCCACCCCAGUCCGGUGACUCUUAACAGACUCCCACAAUGGGGGACACGCAGAGAAACAAAAAAAACCAGUCCCUCCCCCCUUUGGUUAGUGAUUGGUGAACGAGGAUGGUAGGUUGUUUCUGUCCGAAAAUUUCUCCUUAUUUCCCCCACCCUGUUUUCCAACUUCAUGGCAAAAGGAAGGCGCCUCCUGUCACGUUGGUUUUCUCAGUAUUUUGUUGGGUCUCAGUCCAUGCUCUGGGCUUUUCCAGUGGUGAUGGGACUACUCUGUUCCACGCGAGGUUCUCCCCAAGCAACGUUCUGCGCAGCGGAGACAACAUCCAAGCUACAUGCCUCUGUGAACAUUCCCCCUACCUCCCCCACCCACUGCCACCUUCCCUUUGUGACGCCAGGAACCCACCAGUCGUUCUCCCCUCAGUGGGCUUUGCACUAGGAGAAACUUUUCACCUCACAGAUGCCACCUGCAGAUAUCCAACCGGCGGCUGGCCUGGAAGUUCCACUCAUCCCCAUCUUGGUUCCUUUCCUGGCUGUGGAGGAAAAGAACUGGUCAUGCCCAUAGGAUCCUGAGCUUGGCGUAACCUUACUCAGCCCCCAUCAUGCUGUUGCCUCCAGCGGGUCUUACCACCAAAUGCUAAACCACUCGGAGAACAUAAUAGCCAACCUGUGUUUAUCUCCCGCCUUCCCGAUGCCUGUUCCCUCUCUGCCCUGCUCUACAGUGGCAUAGUAGCAUCACGGGGGCAGUCCACUUUACCCAGACACAAACAAACACUCCACGGCUGGGGCGGAUGCUCUGCCCUUGAGUUUUGUUCCCUUUGAAAACGAAGAAAGGACAUCUCUCCCGCCCCGUCUCAUGUGGUGGAAAUGUUGGAAGGACAGCAGUGGGGCCCACUCAGAAGCCAGCGCCCAGGCAUCAGAGAUCGAAACGAGGGCCGAAUGCCAGUUUGAAUUCAGGGAAAGACUUGAGCCCUUCUCUGCAGAACAGUGUAUCCAGUUCCUUCUCCUCCUCCCAGCUCCCCUUCCGUCCCUGUUCUGUGUCAAUGAAAAGUUCUCAUGGGGUGAAACACUGAGCAGGGUCUGUGCCUGCUUUGUGAAGCCUCCCUCUUCCCUUCCCGGGUGCAGGGCAUUUAAGAAAAGGGUGGUGAAUGGAAGAGACGUCCCCUGGGCCAUCCUGGCUUGGGUAGUCGUGUGUGCUGGUUUGUAUUAGUGAAGCUGAGCGGGACAAGACAGCAGAAUCAAAAGGAGCGGGCGUGGGUCUGGGUCAGCUCUAUGAAUCAAAACAAUCCUAAAGCAAUACAUACUGUAAGGUAGUCGUGGGGCCCUUCCUCCACUGUGGCCAGACAGAGCUGAGCUAGACCAGGCACUCGGCUCCAGUUAACCCACUGGUUGGGACAGCGUGCAGCCCGGGGUCCCGCCACCCUCGCCAUGUCAGAGACUUGGGCCCAGAGCCAUGGCGAACUGGGCGCAAGCUGUUUUUUUGUCAAGACAGGAAGAUACCAAAAGAUUUUUAGGGAUAGAAGGUCCAUAGUUCAGGGGAACAGACGGUAUUAAUGCCAAAAAAAGAAAAAAUAAUCCAAACACCAAACCCCUUCUCUCCCCUCUUGAUUUUUGUCGAUUAGUUAUUUGUGUAUUUGUUACCUCAGUCACACUGCCCAAGGGCUUUUCUCUUUGCAGAAAGCAGCAAACUUCCAAAGGUUCCUCUGUCCAGCCUCCCGGACGGGACGUUGAUACACACCCCCCAGCACCAAUGAGACUUUGGCAAGCUGAACUGUCUGGUUAUAGGAUUGGAUCCUGUUUGGGGAGUGUUGGGAGAUGGAGGCAGGUGGGUGUGGUUUUUGAGAGGGUUUAGUCUCCUGGUGCAUCUCUAGAGCAGACCUGCUUCUCCUCUGGGACUUUCUCCAUGCUCUUUCAGGGCAGUGGAUUUACCCCAAGGAGCUUAUUUCAGCAAAGGAGCUUGUCACCAAAGCGAGCACGGUUCCCCGUCUGGUUCUCACGUCACCUCAGCCUUAUUCUCCUUCACCUCCAACCCUCCCCUCCCUUCCAUCUCCUAAAGUCAAAUUGCAAAAGCCAAGCUGAAUGCAGAAUUAAGUGCAGCUCCAGAUACCCAAUGGCUCCUACUGAUGCAGGCCGCAAGGGACAGUCGGCACGGCAACGCACGUUUUAACGUUUUCUAAAGUUCCCCUCGGUGCUGGUUCUCCUACCCUCUCCUGUCGCAGGCACCAUGCGCCAUUGAGGGGCGUCACAGAAUGAUGCAUUCAGGGUGAUGAUUUGGAUCCAGAUGCAAGCUUGCCCAAAGUCUCCCCUCACUAUGCUCUGCCCUUGAAAAACCUCUCUCACCCCCGCAUGUCUGGAUGUAGCUAAAAGCCCUGGCCCGCUCUUUAUAUUCCCAUUUCAAAGAUUGAAAGUGAUUUCUCUGUUGAAUCAAUCCUCCCUCACAGCCAACCCUGCUCCAGGGGCUUGUGGCAAAUAACUCGGUGCUCCCUGUAACUCAGUUUUCGUCUCACUUGGCAGUCUUUCUCCUGAGGGAAGUGCCCUCAGCCUGGGGCAAGCGGGGUCAGGGCUGAGGAGGAUGCUGGAGGAUUGGGUUGGACAUAGCUACACCUCCCUCUCCCCCCACCCCCCAGCUCCUUAAUGGUGCUUUUGGAUCCCCCCCCCUUCUCCACCCACUCACAAGCUUUAGCUGGGAUCCCUCCAGAUGUGGGUAUUCGCUCCUGUAUGAUGUGCUUUGUAUUUGAAUCACCUGGGGCAGCAUGCACAGAAAUGGACACUCGGUAACCAAGAGUAUAUGAUGACCCCUUCUCUAUAGCCUGAUUCCCCACUCCAGCCCCUUCUCUUCUGCUGAGGUCGGUUGGGUAGCAGUCGGCGCUCGGUCCUCUGUACAGCCCAGACCGAAUCGUUCCUGAUUAGGUGUCACAAAUCCUUCCAUCUAUCUGUCCUUCCUGUUAAAUCCCUUUAGAGUCUCCUUCCACCAACAGCUGGGACCCAGAAUUCCCUGCCCCCUCUGCUGCCUAAUAGAGCAACAGCUGACCUUCCAAUCAAGCAAAAAGGAUGAAUCCUUUCCCAGAACCAGUCAGGGUGAUUCCGGUAUUGACCAGAGGGGUCACUGGAGAGUGAUACUAGCAAUUCCCACCCAGUAAUCCCUGCCCAUCCAUGAGCAAGGGUCCAGACAAGAGUUUAGAACUCAGAUCCCAUGCUUUGCUCUUGGAGUUCCUAAAAUGGGAAGGUGCUAGAUAACUGCCAAGUGUUAUCUGCUUCACACCGUUGGCCCCUGCUUUUUAAAAGCACUUGUUGAGCACCAGCCUGUAGAUAACCCAGCUUUUCGGUCAACUUUGCACUCCCGCUCCCAGGUUUUCAAAGUCUCGAAUGGCUAUUUAAGAUCAGAGAGCAGCUGGAUUGCCCACAGUAACCUACAAAAAUUAUCCGCCUCGCACCAAGAUUUCCCUUCUCAUCCUCUCUGUUAAAUUUGGUGUCACAGAAACCUAUGUUCUGACUGCUUUACAAUAAAGAUGUAUCCAGUCUAGACAAAGUCUGGGGCGGGGGAGUGAAAAACAGUCUCUUAUUCUUGCAGUUGGAAUGCAUGAAAGAAAUGCCACAGUCCCAGAUCAGAAUUGCUGGCAGCAUUCCCCAGAGCCCACACUAGAUGUCUCCCCUGAACAUGCGAGUUUUCCCGUUCCGCUGCUUCCCAGUCAUGUCUCUCUGAAACUGCAGAGAGAUUGGAAAGUUCUGUCCAGGGGGGUAAAGAGGGGAGAAGAUGCCUUACAGAAACCGAGUCCUUCACAUCUGUGUGGAAAGGCGGAAGUGGGAGGGGCAGUCCCAGAAGGGUUGCGGCUAAUGGAAGAAGGCAGUAGAAUUCCUAAUACUACUCCAUAUCCAGCUACUUGUUUGGAGCCCUCUAGGGAGACUGGAAUAGCCAUGCAAAGCAAGCUUGAUCCCCAGGCCUCCCCCCCCCUUGUAAAAAUACAAAGGUGACCAUGUGUGAUAGACAACCUGCUGAUGAAGUGUAGAAACUGAGAAUAAAACCUCAGCUCCCCGCCUGAGCUUCUCUGCAUUCCUUCGGGCACAAUUCAAUUCCAGAGGCAGCUAGGGAAUAGGGACCUUUGAGAAUCUAACCAGGUUCCCCCACACACACACCUGGCCUAUCCUUUUUAGCUUGAGACCUCUCUUAAAUCCCUCCCCAGCUCCCUGUACAGGCUGUUUUGCAAUUGGCGUAACUGUUGACCAAAGACCUUUUCCUGGGCCGGAAGCAUAAACCAAAACUUUUCCUUUAAACUUCUUUUGUGUGUGUGCACGUUCACUUUGCUCUGUCCCACCUGCCAGCCAAAAAAGAGAUGCCUGCAGAGUUUUUUCCCUAUCCAUCACUUGCUUUCUUUUGAAUUUAAGUUAUUGUUUUAAACCAAAGUUUACAGAUGCUGUUUGUACGUUUUUAUGAAGGUAGACCGGAAUUGUGCAUUACUGCUUUAUUGCUGUGUUCUCAACAAAUGGGGCUUAGGGAUGGCUCCCAUUUCAUCUGUCUCCAAGGUGCCAGCUCUUGCUUUUAUCUCACGUCUCUCUGACCUGUCUCUGUUAUAGAUCUUUUUAACCCCCUUAUUUCCAUCUCAAACCCCUCGGCGGUUGCCUUUGCUGCAUACGUCCAGAUUUUCUCUGGGGAUUUUGCUUCAUUUUCAGGGAAUGUAACACUUCUUUUAUUUCAAAAAGGGCUUUUUUCCCCCCCUUUAUUUUGUAUCCCCAAAAGUAUUAGGGAUCCUUUCUCCUCUUCCUUUGCUCUUUAGCAGAGAUUCCCACUUGCUUUGGGCAGCCAGUUUUGGCUGAGAGCUCAUUGUAGCAUCUCUUGAGGAUGCAGCGAGCAUUAUCAGUACUUGGGAUACUUCAGAGUGGGUGCAAGCCCAGGUCCACAAGACGCGCGGCUGUUCUGCUCAAACAUGUCCCGCACUGGAUGCGUUGGCCGGUUGGUUCCUUUGUAAACUGAUCGCACCAGGUUUGGGAGCUUCAGCUUCAGCACUGUUAUCUUCCAGAGUUUCUCUCUCUGCCACCCUCUCAAGCUGAAACCAUAUUCCUGGCACUGUCACUUCUGUCUAUACGCCUGCUCUUUUUAAAUGUUCUGCCUGGUAGAAUAUCCAUUCUGUGCACUUGGCACCCACAGCUGGUUCUGCGGGGCCCAAUACAAAUGUGGGUAUAUUAAUAUGGUGGCUCUUGGUACUGUACAGUCAGGAUGAUGAGGUUUUGACCUGUAACCAUCCCCACUCGAGGGAGUCAUUUCUCUUUAGAAGUAGAAUUGUCUCUGUUUAAACAAGCGCCUCUGACCCUCUGUCUGAGUUUGUUCAGCUCAAGCUGGUUAAACCAAAGGGUAAGGGAACGUGCCAGCGCUUGGGGGAUAAUGCUAACCUUGCAAGCCAGUCUGGAGGGGUUUGGGCAAGGAUGGGUUUGUUGUUCUCAUGGCCGCACUCUAAAGCAGCAGUGCCUGACCUUUGCCCAGCAGAGUGGGCCGCAUUGACAUCUUGUCAGGAGCCAUAGGACCUAAUCCAAAGCCCAUUGAAGUUAAUAGGAAAUGCCCCAAUAAUUUAAACAGGCUUUGGAUGAGACCCUUCAUGUGACUAAAAUGGAAGCAGGCUCCAGUCACUUUCAAUAUGCACAGGUAUACAUGGAGACCACAGGUCCCAGUAUGCAUUGCUGCAUCUCAAGCCAGGCUGCCUGGCCCUACCGUGAAAGUCUAAAUAGGGCAGCUCUCUAGCAUCAGGUCAGAUCCCAUAUCUAACCAUUUCUUAAGGUCCUGAUCCUGCUUUAUUAGACAUCAAUGAGAACCCUUCCACUGUCCUUAAUAAAAGCAGGAUCAGACCCUUAAUGGUCUUUGCAUUUGGAAAUAUCACCCAUGCAGGUAUUCCCAGAAAGGCUACUAGGUAUUGUGAUGGGCCACAGAAAAAUUCUAUACAAAGCUCAGUUCCUAGGGCGAUUCUUAGCCCGCUGCGGGCCCAGUGCCAGAGAGGCGUCUCUUCCUACUUUGGAACUGACUAGCUUUAAAACAGCACAACAAGGGUUAAAAAAAUCCUCUAUCUGCCUCAGAGACAGAAGUUGAUAUUUUGUGUGUGUGUGAGAGAGAGAGAGAGGGAAUAAAAUCCCUAUGCUUGAUCUCUCCUGAGACAUCCGCUUGCAUGGACGGCACAUGGUGGGACAUCUUUGUGAGGAGUCAGAAGAGGCCGUUGUGUGAAAUGAGGGAAACCUACCCCGAAAGCGGAUGUGUUCUGUGAGCGUGAGGCAUUUUUUCCCAGCUCCAGCAGAACAAUCUUUCCUUUCUUUUUCCUUUUGUUUGUUUGCUUUUAUUUUAAAUAGUCACUCAUUGGGGAGAUGUGGUUAUCUUGCCUCGUCUCAUAGCACUGUCUGAGUCUCACGUCACUCCCUAUAACAUUUGGAUGUGUCACCAACACAGCACUCUCCCUGCGGAGCAAAGAUGCCCUGGAACAAGCAUGACUUUUGAUGUUUCUCCAAGGAGCAGAUUUUGCAUCUGGGUCUGCGCAGCCAACCUCUGUGUCACAAGGAAAUUAACAAGGUUUCACAUGACCUCAUGGAUUUGCCUGCACAGAUCAAGUGGCAAGAUCUAGCCUCCAAACAGGCUCUUGUGUUUAUUAAGCUGUAGAUGAAGAGAUUUCCUGUCUCCUAGCUCCCUAUAGGUGUGGCCUGAUUCAGAAUCUCAAGUUGCAGUUGGAUUUUAAAAAGCCAUGUCUCUUUCAUGGGCUACAAAUUUGCUAGCUAAGAGUUGUGGCUUUCAUGCCACCUUCAUCAGAAGGUGAGCGUGUUCCUUAAAGGGUUGCUGUUGAGAAUGUUCCCAUGUAUGGAUUCCAGUGAGUCUAAUUAGUCUGUUCCCGUCCCUUCUCCCCUCCCCCUUUGAUGCCUAAAUUUGGAAAAGAAGUUUCAAAAUCUGGUACACUUUUUUCAUCAUUGAUGCUAUUCAUAUAUAAAUAUUGGCACUUCAUUCAGCUUGGAGGCUGAAACUGGCCCGCUCCCUUUUUAUUUUCUGUUUAUGGUUCAUUUCACUUUCUCAUGCUCUUUGAACUUUUUUUUUCUUCAAAACAAUUGUAUGAAAAUCAUUUUGAUGCUCCGUUUAGUGAAAUUCCAACCCCACCCCCCUUGGGAAAAAAAGCACACUUGAAACUGGCUGGCACUAAACUACAUGCCAGACUCCAUUCGAUAUUUUAGGAUCUGAUAAUUUUUAGAGGCAUGGAACACCCUGAAAACGCUCUAUCUGGAGCCAGUGGGAGCUGCAGUGCCUCUGAAAAUCUGAUCUGGAAUUGAACAAAAAGGGGCUUGCCAACUGAGACGCCCAGCUGCCAACACAGAUGUGAACUCCUGGAACUGAUGCUUCCACCUUACGGUUUGUCUGCCCUGAGAAACUGCAUCGUGUUAGAACAUGUGUUAACUAACAUGACUUAGGUAGGCAAAGAUGGUUGCGUCCCAGCAGUCAGUGGAGCUAUGCGGAUGAACACCAACACCAUCUGAUGAUCAGGCCCAACGUCUUUUUUGUCUACAUUGCAGAUGCUGAUAUUGGUUACACUGGUGUAAAUGCAGAGUAACUCCACUAAAGUCUGCACGGUUACACCAGCGUGAGUGACAACGCUGUGGGCUUAAUCUCACGUUAGCUCUAAUAAAAUGUGAUUUUUUUUUUCAGUGUAGAUAAGGCUGUAGCGGAAAGCACUCCUCAACAGACCCAUAUCAAGCUAUAGAGAUGGGGCAAAAUGUGAUCCUGUAUUCUUGGGAAUAAAUGACACCCACCCCGAGAUGUGUGCACAAAACAGGGAACACCCCCUGUCCAAUGUAUCUGCGACACAAUGGGUACCAAAGCUGUAAUUUCCUCUCCGAGAUCACCAUUGUCUAUCUGCUGGUAUUAUCCUUGUGUUACAGCCUUGCCAAAGCAUUAGCCCGACCCUGAAAGUUGUUAGGCCCAUGGCAUAUUGCCACCUCAUUCUAGAUAAGCCAAAAAAGUUCAAUUUCAUUAUUAUUACUUUAGUAGUUUGAUGUUGUUACUAAGAAAAAAAAAAAACACUGUAUGCAAAACACACAUACGCAGCCGCCCAUAGGAUGCACACAAGUACUGUUACAAAAAAGCAACUGGCUUGUGCUACCUUUUUCUCUGCUCAUCAACCAUAAUGUGUGUCCUUGUAUGUUGUUGUUAUGCCAUGAUCUGGCUCAGAAGAGCACUAUAUAAAUUAUAUAUGAAUAUAUAUAAAUAUAAAGGGUUUUUUAAACUGUGUGCAGGUUUGGAAUAUCCUACAGCUCCAAGCACUCCUGUUUUUUGUUUGCCCCAAUCGUUCAAGCCACAUUAAGUGUUUGUGUCACAUUAAAUGUGUCCAGUUUGAUACUCAGGGGUAAUUUUAUUUCAUUCUCUUACCCCCCUCAUUGCCUGGCCCAGCCUUUUUCCGGAGUUGUGUGUAAUGAAGGUACAAUACCACACAAACCUUCUCUUGCGUUUCACCCAAACGACAUACAGUACUUAAGGGGUGGUGGUUUCUUUUCACCCAUUGAAUUUUUAAAAUUCGAUGUCUUGUUACCUCAAAACACGGUUCAUGUAGGGGUGGGAGGGUUAAAGGACCAAACGCAACGUGUGGCAGAAUCGUGUAUGUCUGUAUAUAUUGAGAUAUAUAUAUACUGGUUUUAAACCUACUACCAUAUGAGCUUUUUCUGUUGUUGGUUCCUUUUUCUCUAAUGGCAUUAUUCUGGGAGGGAAUAGCCCGGAAAGUUUAGAACCCGUUUCUGUAAAUUUAGGGAGCUCUUCUGGUAACUCUCAUUGGCUUUGCUUGGAGAUUAUUCCAUUUUUCCAUGUUGUCUUGGGCUUUAUUUUUUGUUGGGGUUUUUUUUGUGUGACUAGCUUAUAGUGGUAGAGAGGUGAGGGGGCAGAUCAACCAGUGGAAGAAAGGAACUGGGCUCCCUGGUUUAACUAUUUCCAGUCGGUGUUUACUGGGAAUUAGAGGAGGUGGAAGGGAGGACAGAGACAGCUGAAGUUUAAUUCAACCAAAGGUUUUUUGUUUACAUAAAUAUCCAGUCUCACCAUUUUUUUUUUUUUCUUUAUGUUUUAUGUUCUUGGAAGCUUUUAAAAAAUAAGAGAUGAAACCCAGCUGUGGGAUUUUGUGCCCUGGAUUCUGACUGACCCCAAAGUUUGAGAAUACUCAGAUCUGGGGUUCAGCUUGUUGUAAACGUAGGCACCCUCUGCAAAAUAUGGACCACCGCUGGGAGUUGAGAUUUGGAACACUCCAAAGCGUGGUUAGAUCUGCAGGGGUUGGUCACACUGAGCAGAAAUGGGGUCACCCUCUGCCUUUACAAGUGAGAAAACUGGGCUGGCCGAAUGGGACUGGCAGCUCAGCCCUUCCCCCAACCCUUUUAGAAUUCCUGCCGAACUUAUAACAGAAGAACCAUUAGCCAGUUGUCCCGUCAUCCUUCCCCAUUUCCCCCUCCACCACAGUCAGAGCUCUGCCUCUCUGAUUUCUGCACAACCCUGGCAAUAGUCUUCCAAACCCCUCGCUGAAUCUCAGGUGGCGGGAACACCCAAAAACCAAUGACUAGUGACUUCUAAUCAGUGUCAGCUUAGCCAUUCUGCACAAGCCAUGAAGCCAGGCCCUGACGUGGCUUGUUGGUCUCAGUGGGUGGAUGGAGGAGGGAACAUGGGCCUGCUGACCUGACCUGACUUGACCUGACCUCAGCUUGCACUUAUAGUACCCUCCUUGGCCACUGCAGGGCCUCGUUCUAAGCACGCUCAGUUGCAAAGGGACUUUGUUCUCCCUGGUCACAAUCCCUAGCCUUUGGAGAAGGUAACGUUGUUGCAUAAGGAGAAAACCAACCCCACUUUCCGAGUUUAACUCAAACUACGGUUCCAGCUGCCUGCUCCACUACCUCCCCACCCGCGAUUCAGACCGUGAAGCCUGCAUUUCUCUUCGCUCUUGGUUUGAAGUGGCGAGGGAGGGGGGGGAUUUAGACCUGCAGUGAUGGUAACUUUAUUAUUUCCUCCUCGGUGUUGGUCAGUGGGAGGAUACGAUCCUUCAAGAGGUGGGGGAGGGGACAGGGAAGGUGGCGGGAGGAUGUGCAUAAACCUUGACUCUUCCUCUCCUGCCGUCCCCAUCACUGCCAUAUGCCCGUGCUGUAUAAAGGAAAUAGCAUUGCUGUGUAUUUGUACUCUGAACUUCCGUGUGUCUGCUUUGGCAGACGGUAAACCCUUGUACAGUAGAUCUAGCUGCAUGUAAUCUGUAUGGACAACGGCAUUAUAAAAUGCAAUAAAAUAAAUUACCUAUGCUGC